GCAAAGAUGUCCAGCAUCUUUGCCUACCAGAGCUCUGAGGUGGAUUGGUGCGAGAGUAAUUUCCAGCACUCGGAACUGGUGGCUGAGUUCUACAAUACGUUUAGCAAUGUGUUCUUCCUCAUCUUUGGACCUAUCAUAAUGUUCCUCAUGCAUCCUUAUGCCCAGAAACGGACCUGGGCCAUCUACGGCGUCUCGGUCCUCUUCAUGGUCAUAGGUUUGUUCUCCAUGUACUUCCACAUGACACUCAGCUUUUUGGGGCAGCUGCUGGAUGAGAUUUCCAUCCUGUGGUUGCUGGCCAGUGGCUACAGCGUGUGGAUGCCCCGUUGCUACUUCCCGAAGUUCAUCAAAGGAAACAGGUACUACUUCAGCUGCCUUGUAAUUACGACCACUAUCAUCAGCACCUUCUUGACGUUUGUGAAGCCCACGAUCAAUGCAUAUGCGCUCAACAGCAUCGCCAUACACAUUCUGUACAUAGUGCACAAGGAGUACAAGAAGACCAGCAAUGGGGACCUUCGGCAUCUGAUUGAGAUGUCUGUGAUAUUAUGGGCUGCUGCGCUGACCAGCUGGAUAAGUGACCGUGUGCUUUGCAGUUUCUGGCAGCGGAUCCACUUCUCCUAUCUGCAUAGCAUUUGGCAUGUCCUCAUAAGCAUCACCUUCCCUUAUGGUAUCGUGACCAUGGCCCUUUUGGAUGCAAAGUACGAGAUGCCAGGUCAAACCCUCAAAGUCCACUACUGGCCCCGGGAUAGUUGGUUCAUUGGGCUACCCUAUGUGGAGAUCCAGGACAACGACAAAAACUGCUGAGCCUUGGUGGGUUCUCCACUCUCCGACAAGCCACUCAGAUGUCUGCGCUCUGAGGACAGAAGACCGGGACUUACUUCAGUUAGGACGCUUGUGGUUGCUUCUCCUUUCCCUCAUCCACACUCCUUGUCCUGCUGUGGCCACAAGAUGAGCUUUCUUGUGGCUCAGAGCGCUAAUUUGGUGACUGAGGGGCAGGGGAUGCCUGGUGUGCUGCAUGACUGGCCUGUGUCCUCCUUCAGCCUUGGAACCGCAGCUUCUCCACAGCCACGAUGCGGUGGUGGAUGGGUAGGGUAUGUGGCUGAUACAGCACUUGCUUGAAGCACGGUGCUUAUUCUCUGGCAUCUCACACAUCUGGGACUAUUUAUGAAUGUUAUAGAUUCAAUGUGAGCAUGACCGUGUUCUGGGAAGGUGGGAAGUAUCCUAGAAAACAUUCUAGGCUCCACCCCUAGGCACAGGGAUAUGUACUCUGAGCCAUUCACACUCAGGCCUUGGAGGCACACAAGAGCUGUGGGAGAGAACAGAGGGCCAACCUGAGUGACAUCACGGAGCAGGAUGUGUGAGAGGGGAGCAUGGCAGCCAUUCUAGGCACUUAGAAGGAAGGCUACUGAGCACAGGUGGUUUCCAUGGUGACAAAGA